CAAGUCUGCGCAGGUGAACGUGGGACAGGCCUGCUUCAACCCAAUUUCGAGCAAGUGGCUGAGGCUAAUCUACGCAGAUGCUUUAAUUAUAUAUAGGGCUAGUCUUUUAUUAACAAUGCGAAGACGCGCUCUUGGAUCUGUGUAAUUACCAGGAAAGAAGCUUAUAGUUGUUCUUUUCCUGUAAGCGCAUUGGCGCAGCUUAGCCUGCGUUUUCCUUCUGUCCUUAUCCGCAUAUAAGGAUCUUAUGUGACUCUUAAGUAGUUGCCCAAUGAGUGUUGAGCCGAUCUGAAGAUAAGAGGAGAAGCACAUCCACCUCCGCGCAGGAAUCCGGAUAACCUGAGAGAGGAGGCCGAAGACACGGAGGAAUGAACGAAUACGAGAAAUAAUUAACAAGACGUCUGAUUGAUUUCACUUUUCAAUAUAACCUCCUGCAAAAGCCUGAUGUUAGUUAUAGUUGGUAAUUUCUUUAAAAAUAGCCCAUAUAUAUUUAUGUAUUGUUAUUAUUAUUAUUACUAUUAUUUUAUAUGGUAAUGUCCCUUAAAUAACAACAAUUAUAGGGCCACUACCCCCACAGCUACGUGAUAAUAAAGGCUUCCAGGGAUGGAGUCGAUGCCCGGACAGCUUCGAGACGCGGGACGAGACGCCAGCUCUUCCCCCAGUUUAAAGCAGGACGCACAGAGCUUCUCCGGGCCCAGCUCCCUCAGACCAAACCAAGUGAGUGAGACCUCUCUGUACGGGGUGCCCAUCGUAUGUCUGGUCAUAGACGGUAAGGAGAGGCUCUGCCUGGCGCAGAUUUCUAACACCCUGCUGAAAAACUACAGCUACAACGAGAUACACAACCGCCGGGUCGCUUUGGGCAUCACCUGUGUGCAGUGCACCCCUGUGCAACUGGAGCUCCUGCGGCGCGCCGGGGCCAUGCCCAUCUCCUCCAGGCGCUGCGGCAUGAUCACCAAACGGGAGGCCGAGAGGCUCUGCAAGUCCUUCCUGGGAGCGCACAGCCCCCCAAAGCUACCAGAAAAUUUCGCAUUUGAUGUGUCUCAUGAUUGCGCCUGGGGCUCCAGGGGCAGCUUCAUACCCGCCAGAUACAACAGCUCCAGAGCAAAGUGCAUCAAGUGCAGCUUUUGCAACAUGUAUUUCUCCCCAAAUAAAUUCAUUUUCCACUCCCAUCGCACCGCAGAGUCCAAGUAUCUGCAGCCAGACGCGGCCAACUUCAAUUCGUGGAGACGCCACCUGAAACUAUCGGACAAAAAACAAUCUGAGGACAUUCACCACGCGUGGGAGGAUGUAAAGGCCAUGUUCAACGGGGGGAGUAGAAAGAGGACUCUGCCCAUGAACGGGUCGGGAAUGUCCUCGCCGAUGAAAUCACAGGCCUCGUCCAGCCUGGCCCAAACCAGUUCCCCUGAGGUCCCUCACAAAACUUUACGGUGCGACGAGGAUCAGGGGAAUAAUAGCCUGAGUUUGGCGAGCGGCGCACGGACCUACCCAGUCAUCCCAGUGCCCAGCAAGAGCUUUGGCAUGCUUCAGAAAAUCCCCCCACCUCUGUUCCCCCAUCACCCCUAUGGCUUCCCCAGCUAUGGGCUGUGUCAGAAAAAGAGCGAUGGUGUGCCUGAUGCGAGCAAAACCAAUGUCUCUGGUGUGUUUUGGCCUGGCGCGAAGGACACCCUUUACCCGGCUUUCCCUAUGUUUUGGCCUACAGCUGGCGGCCUACCCAUGCCGCCCUACCCGGGGUCUCCACCCAAACCUCCCCCAGAGCUGCCAGGCGUCCGGCAGAGCGAGCUCGACUUAUCGGACCAAAGCGACCGGGGCGCAAACACACCCAAAGACACCAACCACCACCCUCACCACCAGCAGGACGGCGGAGAGCGCUGUUCCAGCUCCCAGUCCUCCUCCACCAGGAACGACGAGGACAAGUCCGGGGACGAGACCCCACAGAGGAAAAUCAGCUACAUUUCGGCCUUCAGACCCGUGGUCAAAGACGCGGAGACCAUCGCCAAACUCUACGGCAACCGGGACAGCUACGGCGUGCGUCCUGGCUACCUGUCCCCGGAUUUUAUCAGCGAGAGCUCCAGUUAUAGAUCUAUGUCACCGGACAGGGACAGCGUGGUGGACGACGACGACCCGGACGUGGAUGUGGAGUCCAACCGGGGACAAGAUGAGGAGGAGCCGAUCCAGAUCUCGCCGGGAGGGGACAACCAUAACUCCCCUGUGCCGGACCAGGUGUCCUCGGGUGCUGAGGAGAGCCAGGAGCAGCCUGAUGCCUCCAGCCCCGCAGCGGCAGCACCAUCACCGGAGGACUCCGUGCACACCGGGUCAUCAGAUGAGGACAGACGGAUGCGUAAUGGCUCUCCUCUUCAUGAAGUGUACGCUAAUGAAAAGGACGGCCACGUGCUCCUGAACGAGCCUUCGUCGUUUGGGUCGAAACAAUCGAGCAGAUCCAACGGUGUUCAUCACGUGUCUGAAAUGCAGAACCAACGCAAUGCAACAUCCUAUCAGGAGCAAAAGAACAGACAAGCCGAUGGAGCUUUGCGCAUCGAUAUCAGCGUGCAUGAAAGAGAUCUGGAGAACAUGGCCAAAGAGGAAUUGCAGAAGCAGCUUGUGGAACAAGUUGAGCUGAGGAAAAAGUUGGAGAGAGAAUUUCAGCAUUUAAAAGAUAAUUUUCAGGAUCAAAUGAAGCGAGAGCUGUCCUACAGAGAGGAAAUGGUCCAGCAGCUGCAGAUUGUUCGAGACACUUUGUGCAGCGAGUUGGACCAAGAGAGAAAGGCUCGUUAUGCAAUACAGCAGAAGCUAAAAGAAGCUCAUGACGCCCUUCACCAUUUCUCCUGCAAGAUGCUCACCCCUCGUCAGUGUACCGGAGCCUGCACCUUCAAACCCCCGCUGCUGCCUCCGUAGUGCCCUGCACGACCCUGCACCUGACCCCAGCACAGCCAAAAAAAACAACAACAAAAAAAACACACAGGUCCACCUCGAGAGCUCUCAUGUGUUCACCUCCCACCUGUAACCUAAGGAUUACCAACCUGCUGUAUAGACACACUACUGAUUUUAGCACUAUGUCAAGACUCGGAGAAAGGCUUUGGCAGCGACUUCCCCGCCCACCCCCCCAAAAAAACCUGAACUCUUGAGUAAAAGAGAUCAGGAUUAAACAUGGAGUUAAUUUUAUGUUGUGAAUCAAAGGAUUGUUGAUCUGAAGCUGCAAAGCUCAAACCAAGGAGUCUCUCUGAAUCAAAGUCGUCUGCUCUUUAGCUAUUCUGAGAAGAAAAAAACAAUACUAUAUACAUAUAUAUAUCGCGUGACGAUGUGCAAUGGCUUGUAUAGUUGUGAUAUUAAGUUCAAACUGUAUCUCAUUAUUUAGCUUUGGUUGCUUGUUUGAAUAUCUUGAGUUUUUACAUAUAUUUGUUAUUUAUCUGUCUUUGGUUAAAUUUAUUGUUUAGAUUAUUUGUAACACUGUAUAUGUUGUUAAGCACUUUAAAUGGGCAACAUUUCUAAAUUUGACCAUGGCGUCCUAUACCAAAUUCUUUUAUCAAAAAUAUGAGGAUCUUUAUGUUUAAAAUAGAGCACAUUAUUACGAGCACUUACUUCAACAGCCGUUCAGGUUCGACAUCAAACAAUAAGAUUUUCUUUCACCAAGUGAAGUGAUACUUAAAAAAAAGUCUUGAGGCAUUUAUAGAUAUCAUGUACAGUUUAGAUUGAGUAUUUUAACACAAAUCUGAUCCCAUAAUUUUCUCUGUUUUAGGGUUUUUUCUAUCAUUACAUGCAUCUGUGAGUCACAACAGACUAAACCAAAACUUUUUCCAAUCUUCUGAUGGUCUUUUUCUUAGAAGAAGACACUAUAUGAAAUAUGUGUAAUCUGCCAUUCACACAGCUGCAUUUCAUUUUGUCUCAUUUGUUGAAUUUGGUUUGUAAUAAAAACACAGAGCAGUUCUAAAAGAAACAAAUCCUGGUUUUUGACACAAUCUAUCCAUACGUUUCCCAUUUAUGUAUGUACCCAUGUCAAUAUUAAUAAAAUGUGAAAGCCA